AUGGGUGGGCACAUAUAUAAUCCCACCGAAGUCCCUUACAGAGCUAAUAUAGCCGCACUAAAACAUAUCGGAGUGGAAAUUAUCAUUGCAUUUUCAGCCGUAGGGUCUCUCCGGGAGGAAAUUAAGCACCGAGAUUUUGUGAUUCCUGAUCAAAUUAUUGACCGCACCAAGGGAAUUCGUCCAUUCACAUAUUUUGAAGGAGGAAUCGCUGCUCAUGUGGCAUUAGCUGAUCCAUUUGAUCCUUUACUUGCUGACAUAAUCUAUUCACAUCGUGAAUGUCUCAAAAAUCCUGAAAACGGAGAUAAUGUGACUAUCCACCAUAACAAAACCCUUAUUUGCAUAGAAGGUCCGGCGUUUAGUACUAGAGCUGAAUCCAACUUGUAUCGUAAUUGGGGGUGUGAUAUUAUUAAUAUGUCUGCAUUACCUGAAGCAAAACUGGCCAAGGAAGUUGAAAUAGCAUAUCAAAUGAUUUGUAUGUCAACCGAUUAUGACUGUUGGAAACAAGAUGAAAUUGUUUCGGUAGAAAGCGUGAUCGCAAACUUAAAGCAGAAUGCAGAGAAUGCGAAAAAACUAUUAUCGGUUAUAUUGCCUGAUUUGGAAAAGGCAUUGGGAGAAGGAAAGUUUGCGGAUCUAAAAGGUGUUAUGAAAAAAGCGUGUAUAACUACUAAGGAAGCAUGGACAGAAGAGGCAAUUCAAAAAUUGGAAUAUGUGUUGCCUGGAUAUUUUAAUUGA